AUGGUGAAUUUCAAUUUCAACUGUGUGCUUCUGCCAUCCUCUGAAUGUGAAGAUGAGAUCGGAGAGGAGGAACUUCUGCAAGAGCUCGAAGAGGACAUCAUCGAGUGGUUUCGCUACUGCAGAAUGUCCUCUAUAGAUGUGGCAACUUACUAUCGCGAACAGAGACGUCGAAUUAGAAGAUUUCCCUUCGCGAGGAACGGACACAUGUUUAUGCUAGACGCCAUGCAAUGUAAUUCCGAACAGUGUUAUGCAGAAUUCAGGAUGUAUCCUGCCAUGCUGCGUACGUUCACUCAUAUACUCCGUGACGAAUAUGGACUACGUAGUAGCCAGCAAGUUGAUGUGUAUGAACAAGUUAGAAUGUUUUUAUGCAUAUUAGCCCAUGGAAAGGGCUACAGACAGGUUCGAACUUUGUUCAAUCAUUCUUUGCAAACUAUUGGGCACUAUUUCAAAAUUGUGCUUGAUGCCGCAUGCGAAUUUGCUAUACGCCUCAUCAGACCUAAUCCAAACUAUAAUCACGGUGCAGAGCAUCACGUACCAAAUUUGAACCAGCAUCCGCUAUUCGAGAAUUGCAUAGGUGCAAUUGACGGAACGCACGUGCAAGCUAUCUUGCCGCGGGACGAACGAGUAAAUUUCAUCGGACGCAAGGGCAUUCCAACACAAAAUGUUCUGGCAGCAUGUGAUUUUAAUUUAUGUUUCACAUUUGUGCAUGCAGGGUGGACGGGAACAACGCAUGAUUCACGCAUGUUGGCUCGGUCUAUACAUAGUCCUGAAAUUGAUUUUCCCCAUCCUGCCCCGGGAAAAUUUUAUCUUGUCGACUCAGGAUUCGCCCAUAAACCUGGGUACAUGGCUCCAUACAAGGGUUCUGACAUACUGUAUCAUUUUCAGCAGUUCUACGACGCUGAGACGGGUCGUAGACGAAACUUUCGCAACGCACGUGAGAGAUUUAAUUUCAGGCAUUCGUCGUGCAGAAACAUUAUCGAGCGUGCCUUUGGUGUGUGGAAAGUUCGGUGGAAAAUACUCGAUCGUAUGCCCAGUUAUAAUUUCAAAAUGCAAACUGCUGUUGUCCUAGCCACGAUGGGUAUGCACAACUUCCUUCGACGGGCAGGAGUUGUCGACGAAGCAUUCACAAGGGUGGAGACAGAUCCGAACGCUGCAGAGGUAGAACUUCCAGAUGAACAGGAGCAAGCCGCUGCUGAAUUGAAUGCUCCAGAAACGCAACGAAAUGAAUGGGAUCGUUUCCGCGACUUUUUGGCUCAAAUUAGAGGCAACAAACAACAAAGAAGCAAGAAUUUGUCUACUAAUUGUAAGGAUGACAAUGAAGUGGACGAGGCUAUCUCACAUUCCCCCAUCCAAGAAUUGUAG